AUGAUAAUUAUUAAUAGAUUAAUUAAUGUUUAGCAAUUGCUUUUGAUAAAACAGGAUCAAUCAUAAUUUCUUGUGAGAAUUACGAGAUUAAAAUUUGAAAUUUUGAAUAAGGAAGAUUAAAAUUAAUUAAUUCAUAUUAAAAACAUAAUUAGGUUGUUGCAUGUUUGGUAUAUAGCAAAUUAAGAAAUAACUUUAUUUCUGGUUCUCGUGAUAAGACUAUUAUAGGUUGGCGAUAAAUUAAUCAAAAAGAUUGGAAAGAUUCAUAGCCAUUCUAAUAACAUAAUCAAUAGGUUAAUUUUGAUGCUAAAUAAAAAGGAGGAUCAACUUAUUUAAGCAGGUUAGGAUAAUUCAAUAAAAGUUUGGAAUGUUGAUGUUAUUAAGAAUGAGCUUAACUUUAAAUACUCAUUAGAUAAACAUAGUAAUAGUGUAGAUUCAUUUAAUUUUAAUUCAUCUGAAACAGUAUUGAUAUCUAGUGUAUAUUGUCAUUUUAUCAUAUGGGAGAAAGGAGCAUUAGGAAAAUGGGAAUUUAAAUAUAUAUUUGAAUAAAGUGAGUAUUUAUUUUAAUUAUUUACAAAUUUUUUGAAUUUAGCAUUAUUAUUAUUUAAAAAGUCAAGUUCUUCAAUAUUCUAUAUGAAAUUAAUUAUUUUUAAUUUUAUGAUGUAUAAAAAAAUGUUUCAGAUUCUGGACGUAAAAUAUAUUUAAUUAAUGAUCAACAAUUACUUUGGGUAACUCUAAAAAAGAAUGUUGAUGAUAUUUUGGUUUUUGAAAUAUAGAAUGGAGUCUUUUAGUAAAAUAAUAAUAAAAUUAUCAAAUCGAAUAACAAUAAUGAAUGUGAGGAUGAUAAAUAUUUCUCAAUGAUUCACAAUAAAGAUAAAAAUAUAAUAUUGGUAAGACAUAAACAUCAUAUCUAUCUGAUUAGCGAAUUAAAUCAUGGCACAUUUAAUAUUAUGGCAUCAUUAAAUUGUUAAAAUGAUAAGAUUUUUGGAACUAUGACCAAUAAUGGAUAGUAUUUAGUAUUUUUGGAUAACAAAUAUAAAAAGUAUUCAUUUAUUAUUUAUCAUUCAAAAAAUUUAAAGUAUAUUCAAUUGUGA